AUGAAUCCCGUCUUUAAUUGUAAUGUCUCAAGAUGUAUAAUAUGUGAUUCCAAAUUUCAUUGGGUCAAGGAUUGUCCUCACAAACAGCUUGAUGUGAAUUUAGCAGAACAUGAGAGUGGUAAGUUAAAUGAAACUGUAAAUAUAACAUUAUUAUCCUCUGCACAAGAAUUUAAGCCUCUAACAGUGUUUGUCGGUGAAGCCUAUAAUGCAACACUUAUUAAUAUAGCAUUUUCUAAGAAACGAUCAAGCACUAUCAUUGAUCUCAGCAAUGACAAGAUUACCAUGUUUGGACAGUUAGUGGAUGUGAACCUAACUUCUAGUAUAUCUACAUUAAAGACAAACAAUAUAAGAACAGAAACAAAAAUGAGAGUGAGGAGUGGUCGGAACAUUAUAAGAAGAGGUCAGAACAUUAUAAGAAGUGGUCAGAACAUUAUAUGUAGUGGUCAGAACAUUAUAUGUAGUGGUCAGAACAUUAUAAGAAGUGGUCAGAACAUUAUAAGAAGUGGUCAGAACAUUAUAAGAAGUGGUCAGAACAUUAUAAGAAGUGGUCAGAACAUUAUAUGUAGUGGUCAGAACAUUAUAUGUAGUGGUCAGAACAUUAUAAGUAGUGGUCAGAACAUUAUAAGAAGUGGUCAGAACAUUAUAUGUAGUGGUCAGAACAUUAUAUGUUGUGGUCAGAACAUUAUAAGAAGUGGUCAGAACAUUAUAAGAAGUGGUCAGAACAUUAUAAGAAGUGGUCAGAACAUUAUAUGUAGUGGUCAGAACAUUAUAAGAAGUGGUCAGAACAUUAUAAGAAGUGGUCAGAACAUUAUAAGAAGUGGUCAGAACAUUAUAUGUAGUGGUCAGAACAUUAUAAGAAGUGGUCAGAACAUUAUAAGAAGUGGUCAGAACAUUAUAAGAAGUGGUCAGAACAUUAUAUGUAGUGCUCACAACAUUAUAUGUAGUGGUCAGAACAUUAUAUGUAGUGGUCACAACAUUAUAAGAAGUGGUCAGAACAUUAUAUGUAGUGGUCAGAACAUUAUAUGUAGUGGUCAGAACAUUAUAUGUAGUGGUCAGAACAUUAUAUGUAGUGGUCAGAACAUUAUAUGUAGUGGUCAGAACAUUAUAUGCAGUGCUCACAACAUUAUAAGAAGUGGUCAGAACAUUAUAUGUAGUGGUCAGAACAUUAUAUGUAGUGGUCAGAACAUUAUAAGAAGUGGUCAGAACAUUAUAUGUAGUGGUCGGAACAUUAUAAGAAGUGGUCAGAACAUUAUAUGUAGUGGUCAGAACAUUAUAAGAAGUGGUCCAAACAUUACAUGUAGUGGUCAGAACAUUAUAUGUAGUGGUCAGAACAUUAUAAGAAGUGGUCAGAACAUUAUAUGUAGUGGUCAGAACAUUAUAUGUAGUGGUCAGAACAUUAUAUGUAGUGGUCAGAACAUUAUAAGAAGUGGUCAGAACAUUAUAUGUAGUGGUCAGAACAUUAUAUGUAGUGGUCAGAACAUUAUAUGUAGUGGUCAGAACAUUAUAAGAAGUGGUCAGAACAUUAUAAGAAGUGGUCAGAACAUUAUAUGUAGUGGUCAGAACAUUAUAAGAAGAGGUCCAAACAUUAUAAGAAGUGGUCAGAACAUUAUAUGA